AAACGUACAAAAUCAGCAGGAGAUCAAAUACUUUUUUCCCUCACUGUAUAAGCAUAUAGCAAAACCAGUACUGUAUUUUGAAACCGUGCAUGCCCGUAUAUUCGUAGACAGUUAACUUAUUUUUCUCAACCUUAUUCCAACAAACUGCGUCUUACCUUUGUUGUUUUUGUUACCAAAAGUAGUGUCUGAUCAAAUAAAACCACUUGAAAAGAUACUCUAGUGUCUCUCUCUCAUUCCGAGUCGAUUUCAAUGAGUUUCCAUCGUUUUACAUGGCCAACAAUGUGUUUGAAGAUUAGUCAGUUUGUUUCAAUCACAACAGGCACUGUUUUCUCGCAUCUUCUGGAUAUAUGAUGCAAUCACAGUGGCUUGCAAUUGUGCUAAUUUAAUUAUACUGAUCCAGAGCUUUCGAUAGAGGGGGUCACAUGUCAAAAUCGACCAACCGGUUGUUGAAAUAUCCAAGUGCGCACCUCAUUGUCUCAUAUUAGUUGACUUGCUGCAUUACGCACGGUUACGCAGAGUGCACAACAGCACUUGAAUUUCGGUUUAUAAAAAUAUGGCAGGCUCUAGUAACAAAUAUACAGUUACAGAGGCGUUAUUAAUUGUAACAGAUGAAAGUUGGACUCCAUGUAUCCCCAUUGAUUCUGAAUCGGACGAUGAGGACCUGCUUAGACCGGACGAACCAGACCCCAACGACGAGAACGAAGGUUAUCGUGUCCAGGGCCCUACUCAAGCAUCAGAAGAUGAAGAUGAUUAUAGGCGUGAUGAGCCACAGCCAGAGCAUCUGCCCCCUCAGCCACUGCUUCCCCUUCCUCAGGCAGAGCCUCCUCUUCCUCAGCCUGGCCGCUUGUCUAGACAACGCACUUCUGCUCCCCUCCCUCGGCCACGGUCUUCAUCGGACACUGAGUCCCCUGUAAAGAGCCCUCAACCCAAAAGAAAAGGGAAAGCUUUCUCAAAGUCAGCGCAUCCAAGUCAGCGUGGUGGAGGUAGGCCUGCCACUCCAAGAGUCGGGGAGGAAGAAGAGGAAGAAGAAGAUAGGUGGCAUUAUAGAGAAGAGAAUGAUGAACGACCAGACCCAAUCCGGUUUAUGCCCACCAGAGUCCCAGGACCCACAAUCGACACCACUGCGUCAUGGUCUCCCCUUUCCUUUAUCCGACGCAUUGAUUGGAUACUACAGUGUUCACCACAAGACGAUGAAAUGGUAUAAGACUUUUCUUUUUCAUUUUGUUGAUAUUGCUGUUGUAAAUAGUUUCCUACUUCACAAAGAACUCCAUAAGAACAACCCCACUAAGCCGUACACACAGAAGAAGUUCAGGGAAAAGCUACUCACAGAAAUGGUGAGCUUUGCUAAACAGUCUGAACCACAACCUCCACCACGACCACCACCAACAUCCUGCAUGCCAGAAUACUAUGGUGAUGAUGCCAGCAAAGACAGGAAGAACUGUAGGAGAUGUCUGGAUGUUGGCAUCCCCAAAGUGAAAACACCUGUGUACUGCAGGAAGUGCCAAGUCCCUUUGUGCAUUACAUCAAAGUGUAACUGUUUCAAGGAUUUGCACGAUAGCAAGUUUUAGGGUAAAAAUGGUCUACAUUUUGUGUGACAACCCACCCAAGGACACCAUAUCAUUGUUUAUAGUUUUGGGAUGUGUGGACUUUUUGUUUUUACAUUUGUUGUUUAUAGUUUCUAAUAAAUCUGCUCAGUUUGGAGUCAAACUUUCCCAUUGUAUGGUUUAUUUUAAUGGGAACACGUAUAGAGGUCUGGGAGAACAUUGGAAACAACAUCAAAACAGUUGUAUUUUGAUGGAACGUACACAUAUAGUGAUAUGUUAGUGAAAUUAAAUUACUUUUGCUGUCUGGUACCUGAUAAAAGUCAAAUGGCACUGAUGGUGCCCAAAUGUCUCCAUUUGGUAAUCCGCCUAAACAUACUUCAACUAAAACCCCUACAACUCAUCAGAUAUUGGGCUAUGGUCCCAUAGAAUUUAGGGGCUGCAGCUGCAUAAGUCCAAUAAAGCAUUUCCUAUAAAACCUGAAGUUACUUUCAGGCGGAAUCAAAACCUCCCAAUUUUAUGCUAUGUUCUAGCAUCAUGUACUCUGACACAGGAAUACCCACAUUAAUUAUUUCACUUAAAGAUACAUAUCGCCUGUGUUACCUUUCUUUUGCUACCAAGAUUAUGUUUAUAGCCCUUGUUGUUUUGGAGAUAUACUCUAUUCAAUUUGGGCAUGCAUUUUCGAGGCAGGCACUUUAGCCAGGUGCCUAGUGAUGAAGAGGUUAAUACAUUUUGGGUCUUGAAGAUGCGCUCUGUUCAUUCUCCAUAUUCUUUCGCUAAGUGUAUUUUCUGUUGGUGUAAUUAAGUGUGAUACCGGAGAAUGAUCCGAUAUCAUGGAUUUUUUUAACCCAAUAAAUU